UAUACAGAUUCACGUGACUAAGAUUGCGAUCAUGUGACACAUCAUGGCUGCGCCCAGCUGGCUCUGGGUUCCCCAGCUGUACCUGUAUUUGGUAGUCCCUUCCUUUGCAGGGUUCCUGGUAGACACGUUAGAGCAGGUCUGCGGCUGCUGUGCUGGGCCCAUGCGAAAUGAGUCCGCAGCAGCCGUUUUCUGCGGUUCCCGGGUGGGUACGAUUCGGCGGGGCCGUUGCUGCUUAGAGAGGGACAAGAAGAUUGUUUUGGGGUUGGAUUAUGGGAACUGCUCAUUGCAUCAGCUGUGCUCUGGUUUCCAGGAAGUGAAUACAGCUUUUGUCAUUGAUCUAACUGACAAUCCACUGGAAAGUCUCCCUGAAGACCGCUUCCGAGGAUUCAUUCAGCUGCAGACCCUUGCUUUGCCUCAGAAGCUGGAUUGUCCUGGAGGCAGUGAAGUAUGGAAAAAUAUCACCAUCCAAGGGAACAAUCGUAUCUGUCAAGACCAGAAGAGCUCCUGCAAUGGCUCAUUGGGACUUGUUUGGGUAUGCCCAGAGGGAUCGCUUUGUACUUCUGAUGGACCCGGUUUGUCCCAGUGCCUCUGUGUAGAUCCAUACCAUGGCUAUAAAUGUUUGCGCCAGGGCGAUUUUCCAUACCUGCUGUUCUUCGGAACUUUGGGAGCCAUCACUAUCACUCUCUCCACCUUCCUUUGGAUCACCCAGCGGCACAAAGCCAAAACCGUUUAGUGGCCUCUCCAUUCUCCAGGCCCACCAACACUACACAAAGGAGGUGCUAGUUUACAAGUCUCGUCUGCUGUCUGUUGUUAGUUACCUUUGUUUUUGGAACUGGAAGUUCCCAAUUUUUCUGGGGGAAAUAAUUUUUGGAUUAGAGCCUGUCAGAGUGGUUACACUCCAUUACCUGUUUGGGAGAACACUGCAGCAGUUAUUGUACAGGAACACAUUAUUUUCAAUUGGUUGCUUUGCCAAUGCAUGGAAAUUGGGACUAUCAAUAAAAUAAAAUAUAAAAAGAGAAGUGUGGAAAAUUAAUGUCUAAUUGGAUGUUAGAUAUUCUUUGGAGUGUACAUUUAAUUUCUAAUAAAGUAAAUACAAGUAAUCAGGGUUGUGUCUGGAUAUGAUGAAAACCAGUGCUUGUGUGAUUCCUGAUUCCUUAGAGCUUAAUACAGAUUUCUUUCUUCUACUAUUAGAAGCAGGGAGCCUGAGAAAAAGUGCUAGUUAGAAGCAGUAUAUGGGUGCUCUUUUUCAGGGGAAGUUUUUCUGGGUCUGGAACGUUUAAAAGAGAGUUUAUGAGACACUCAUCCCCAUCCUUACUCCUGUUACUUCAGGACACCUCUUGGAUUCUACCAUUAAUGGACCCUGUUGUUUUCCUGCCUUAAAAUGUAAAGGUUUAUUUGAAUAAAUAACUGAAGCCUA